AACAGAAUCCUAAAAUUCUGCAAAGACCACACCCUCUACCCAUCCAUCAAAGCUGGGGGGUACGGUACAGCCGGGUGGGCAAUUAACGGGGACAUCGUUGUUGACCUCUCGAGAUUGAAUGAUAUUGAUAUCGAAAUGCCUCGCCCCGUUCCAGAGACUAAUAAUAAAUCGGAGCAUGGUGGGUUUACGAGGUUGAGGGAUAGUCCGAUUCAGGAGAAUGAAAGUAAAGUGGAGAAAGAUGACUUGCCUUCUCCUCCAAUUCGUCGUCGACUCGACAACACCCAUGCCGAUACCAACACGCGUACGUCAACUUCCAUUGUAUCUGGUAUAUUUGGUGUACCUACCGUCGACCUUCGUGAUCAUGGCCCAGGAACCGGAACGAUCAACUACAGCGAGAAUAAAAGCGAGGACGGGGACCAGUUGCUCAAUUUAGGCUCGGACAGCAUGUCUCCCUCCGGGAGCGCGAUAGGGAGCGGGAGCUCAAACACCACCAGUACUGGUACGGAUCGGAUGAUCUCCAAUGAUGGAUCCUACAUUUCCACGACUACCUCCAGCACAUCUAUGUCUGUGUCCGGUUCUGGUUCUGGUUCGACGGCGUAUACGACCCCCGCGGGUAGUACAGUGGCUACCAGUACUGGUAAUGCCAAAAACUUCAGCAUCCGCUCCGUCGAUCCCUUCGGAUACAUGAGCGUCCCAGCGAGUGGGCGAGCUCCCACAUACGUCUCGGGUGUGAGGCCGCAGCGGGGUUAUGAGCAGCCUGCGUUUGGUCUGGGUGGUACUAGUACCACUACUGCUACUGCUGCGAAUCCACUCUCUUCUUCCGGGAUUGCAGCUACACCCGUUCACCCAUAUGCAUACGUUUCCUUCGGUGCAGGCGUUAAACAAAAAGAUAUCGACUUGUUCACUGCUGCGCAUCCGUUACCUGCUACGUCUGCGAAUGGGAGCGUGUCGUCGAGUAUUCCGUAUCAUGUUCCUUUAGCUGCGCAUCCCGUCGGCUCGAGCGUGAUGAUGCUCGGAGGAUUCGGGUUCCUUUCUCGUCUUCACGGACUCUCGAUCGAUGCGCUUGUAGAGGUGGAGAUGGUACUCGCGGACGGAAGCGUUGUCUAUGUGAGCGAGAACGAGAAUCCUGAUUUAUGGUGGGCGCUUCGAGGUGCUGGACCUGCGUUCGGUGUCGUAACGAGGUACAAAGCAAAGGCUUAUCCCGUACCUGUCGUCUUUGCAGGGAACCUCAUCUACAACUUCCAUCCACACACCGCCGCCUCACUCAUCAAACACUUCCGCGACUGCGUCAAAGCCGCUCCGCGCGAACUCUACGCCAACGUCCUUCUCACCGCCGGACCUGCCGACAAAGGUUCUCUCGUCGUCGUCCAACUGUGUUACGUCGGGCCAAAGGAGAAGGGAAGGGAAUUUUUGCAGGCUCUGCAGAGCGUGGAGAGUGGGGAGAAGUGUUUGUUGAAUGAGGUGUGUGAGAAGACUUUCUUGAGUCAGCAGGAUAGUGUUGCGCAGAUUUUGAGGGGGAAAGCUGGGCGACAGUGGUACAUCCGCUCGGCUCUGAUUACUUCUCUCCCGGAUGAGGUCAUACAUAAGACGGUGAACGAGUUUGCGGAUACGCCUGUUGGGUGCACCUGGUUAUUCGAGCUUGCCGGAGGCGCAGUAGCCGAUACAGAAGACACAUGUCUCCCAAAGUCGCAGCGAGAAGCUGGAUUCACGAUCGCUGCAUUCCAUCAGUGGGAGAUUGACGAUGACGAUCCGUUGUGUGUUACUACUGCUGAGCAGUGGAUUGAGAAGACGCUAGCACCUGUGGCCACAGGUGGACCGUACCCAGCUUUCUUUGGCCGCCACGAAUCUUCCAAACGCAUAAUCGGCUCUUACGGCUCGGACAACUUUGCCCGCCUGCAAUCUAUUAAGCAGAAAUACGAUCCCUCCAAUAUAUUCCGACACACUUUCUGGUGUGUCGAUGAACGUGGCGAGGUGGUGGAGCCGUGUGAUCGCGAGCCGCAAUCGCCAAUUAUGCAUGCUAAGGACGUUGACAGUAAGGAGGAAGUUGUUCUGGAAGGAGUGGAGGUGUGA